AUGGUAUGCGAGUACCAAUUCAGCGAUUUAUUUUUACCAAUUCAAGUAGGAGGUGUCGAUUUGUCGCCAAUUCGAGUGCGUCAUCCGUUAGUCCAGUGGUAUUAUAUCGACGAUGAGCCCAAGAUAGAUUAUUGUCCCCGCCAGAUCGAUGGAUCCUUCUCGAGUUGCCCACCCACGAGGACGGGAUAUUGUGUGUACAAUGCGAGGUAUACACGGCCCGAUGCCCCCGUUACCGACGAGGUUGCCGUUAGCCAGUUGCUGCAGCGCAUCAAAGAAUAUCAGCAGCAAGAUUUUGAUGAAGCCACGCCAUGGUUGAACUGGACCGGAUGGGUGCCGAAAUUACAGGGUACACCCCGCCAGCCGUUGUACGAGAGUAUUUAG